UAGCAGAGGAGGGUGUGUGUGUGUGUGAUGUGCUGGUGGUUCGAUGAGAGGAAGCCGUGUGUGAUAUAUUGUGAGUGCAGGAGGUGAGAGUGUGUAUGUUCUAUUUGUCAGUGCUGGAAGGUUAGAGCGAGAGAGAGAGUGUGUGUGUGUGUGUGUGUUAAGAGGCUGGCUACGGUGAGGAGUGUUGAGUUCAUCACUGGAGGAUGCCUCCACACCACCUGAGCGUCUGACAGCAGGGCACUGGCAGGUGUGUGUGUGUGUGUGUGUGUGUGUGUUUUUGUUUGUUCGCCUGAAAAUUGGAUGUAAGCACCGGCACAGCAACACAAGCUGUUUGGAUACGGUCGUCAUGGGCGUUGCUAACUCAAGAGACUAUCACCCUUCUGUUACCGUGGUACUGAAACGACGUAACGAGCCCCUGAAGAAGGAGCGUCCCAAGUGGAAGAGCGACUACCCGAUGACCGAGGGGCAGUUGCGCAGCAAGAGAGAUGAAUUCUGGGACACGGCGCCGGCGUUCGACGGCCGCAAGGAGAUCUGGGACGCACUGAAGGCGGCCGCCAUCGCCCUCGAGUGCAGUGACCACCAGCUCGCCCAGGCCAUAGUGGACGGAGCCAGCAUCACCCUGCCACACGGCUCCCUUACCGAAUGCUAUGAUGAGCUUGGAAAUCGUUACCAGCUGCCAGCCUACUGCUUGGCUCCACCUCUUAAUCUGGUGUCAGAGCGGAAUGAGAAUGAGGGGGUGGAGCCAUCAGAACAACAAGCCCCGCCCAGGAAGGAGUUCCCACUGAAGGUGCGCCUGUCGUCGGGGCAGGACGUGCGUCUGACAGCCAGCAUGGCGGACGCCAUCGGUCAACUGAAGAAGCAGCUACAGGCGCAAGAGGACAUCGAAGUGGCUCACCAGCGUUGGUUCUUCUCGGGGAAGCUGCUGACCGACAAGACACGACUGCAGGACACCAAGAUCCAGAAGGACUUCGUCAUCCAAGUCAUCGUCAACACCUCCGCCCCCAUCAUCCCCAAGUAGAGAGAGAGAGGGAGAGAUGGAGGGAGAGAUGGAGGGAGAGAUGGAGGGAGAGAUGGAUUCAGGUAGAGAGGGAGAUGGGGAGAGAGAGAGAGAGAGGGAGGAUGAUGAAGAACAGAGGAAGAGGAGAGAUGGAGAUAAACAACUCAAACGACUCAAACGACUCUCUCACGAUAUUCAAGCAAAACACACUCUGACUCUACACACACACACACGUAUACACACUCUGACCUGGACCAGUGUGUGUGCCCCUGAGGAGAUGGUGUGUGUGUUUGUGUGUGUUUGUGUGUGUGUGUGUGUGUGUGUGUGUGUGUGUGUGUUUGUGUGGGGAGGGCACUCAUCAGCCCACUGACAGCGGGAGCUCACAGUGCCCCCUAGAGCAGGGCUAUUCAACUUCAGUACCAAGAGGGCCGAAUGGAAAAAUCACUGGGUUUUCAGGGGCCGCAUAAAAUAAGACGCCGCAAAAUAAUUGUAUCCAACAAUAUUUGAUAAAAUCAGAGUAAAAUUCAGUUCAAUUCAAUUGAAUUUUAUACACUGGCAUAGAAACUAAGAACAUAGCCUAUUAUCCAUAUCCAUAAAAAAAUCUUCUCAGACAGGUGAUAGGCUGCCACACAAACUAUACAAGUAUUUGAAAACACCCAGGCUAACCAUAGUAUUUCAUACCUGAUGUCUGAUAGCUGCCAUAUCAUGCAUCAGUGGGAAAAAUUGCAGUGUUCAUUUAACUAGCCUACUUCAAGAUAAAUGAAUUAGGCUCAUAAGUGUUUCAAACACACACAGUAGCCUACAGCGCCAAUCUCUCAAAUAUACUUAGCAUUAAAUUUAAAGAAAAAGUAAUGCCAGUUCUGCCUCUGUUCAUCUAUUUCACGAUUUCUUACCGCUAAAGAUUCUAAACUUCGAGCCUGCGCAAAUCACAAACAAUAACAUUCCCACGAGUGGAGUGAAGAUGGCUCUGUCUAAAGAAACGUCUAAUUGACAACGAGAAUCGUUCAUUUUACCCUCUGCAACAAGUACGAGACUUUCAUGUUUAUUGUGCAACGAAUCCAUCGCUGUAAAGAAGGAAUAUAAAGUAAAGAGGCAAUUCUCUACAAACCACAGCUCCUUCUCAUUCUCAUGACGAGACACGCGGGUCACAGGAAAUUUGAAGCGGGCCACAUCUGGCCCGCGGGCCGCUAGUUGAAUAGGCCUGCCCUAGAGGAAUGGAAGAGCAGUGCACUCUGACUGCAGGGGUGGAAACACACACACACACACACACACACACAAACACACACACAAGCGCGCACACACACACACACACACACGACAUAGCCUCGCAGGCUGGGAGAGUUCUGUUUCAAAUGAAUCCUUAUUUUUGUGAUUAUUUUUCUAUGUGGAAACCCUUUAAGCUCUGCUGUAGCCCUCCUCUACUGACUACUGAGUCUCAGUGAGUGUGUGUGUUGUGUGAGACGCUAUGCAAUGGUUGCCCACUGCACUGAGGGACUGUGAUGUGUAUGUGUGUGUGUGUGUGUGGGUGGGUGUGCGCGCGCGCGCGUGUGUGUGAGACCUUCUCAUCAAUGUGUGUAUGUAUGUGUGUUUGUCUGAUGCUAUGCAAUGGCUGCACUCUGCACUAAGGGACUGUGAUGUGUGUGUGUGUGUUACCUUCUCAUCAAUGUGUGUGUCUGAUGCUAUGCAAUGACUACACACUGCACUGAGGGACUGUGAUGUGUGUGUGAAUCUGUCACAGAGUGUGUGUGUUUGUGUGUGUGUGUGUCUGUCUGUCUGUCUGAUGCUAUGCAAUGGCUGCACACUGCACUGAGGGACUGUUCUGAGCUUUAGUGCUUAGUCAUACUCCUCCCGUAGAGGGAGGUGUGUGCGUGUGUAUGUGUGUGUGUGUGUGUGUCUACCUUCUCAUCAUGACCUGUGUCUGUCCUCUGUGUCUGUAGUGGGAAUGCCACACAGUAUUACUGAAGUGUGUGUGUGUGUGUGUGUGUGUGUGUGUGUGUGUGUGUGUGUGUGUGUGUGUGUGUGUGUGUGUGUGUGUGUGUGCAUCAGAGAGGUAUUUGAUGUGUGUUUAUGGUGAAGCAGAGGCAGACUGAAGCACCUUCAGGACACUUGUAUACUUAGCAAGUGGUUUCCGAGAAGCAUGGAAGCAUGUGGGAAUUCACUCCGAAUGGAAUGGAAUUGUUAAUGUCCAGUAAUGUUUACUCUCCACGUGUGUGUGUGGUCGUGUCGCUCAGAGGCCAGUCGCCGCGGGGAAAACACACUUUUGUGGCACGAUAAACCCCAGUGUUGUACAUAGAUUGUAAAUAUGUUCAAAUGUACAUUUAUAAUAAAUAAUA